GUGCCAUGGACCCUAACUGUAUCCUCCAGAUCCAUCCUGUACAACAGCUUACAGUAUCUCUCACAAGCUCCUUUUUCUCAUUGACAGCCAUUGCCAGAAAGCUUAACAGCUGAGGAGUUCCUUCGAGCUCUGACAUGGACCCACUAUGAGAGAGCUUGCUGGAUCAACCAUGAAGGGAAUCACUGCUGGGGUCGCACUCUGGCUGACCACAAUCAAUUACUUUUUCAGCCUCGCAACAUAUCAUGACCGCAGAAAUCCCUCCCUGAAUGUGAAAGAAUGGCAACAUCAGGCGGAGCGCAGAGCAUUCGAGCUCCCAGAUUCCUGUCAUGCCUUGGUCAAAUUGCUUCUCAUCACUCAGUUCGGGCACUGUGAUAUGCUUCCAGACGAGCAGCUCCCAGGGCUUGACUGUGUCGCAGACUCUAUUGUGAAAUCAUUCCAUCACAUUACAAAUUCAGAAAUUACUUGGCCAAUGUUUGAUGAUGCUGCCAGAACAGUACCAUUGCUUUUUAACUCACUUUAUACUAUAUCUUUCAACCUUUUGGGACAGCUGAAAACCUUUGAUGACCUUGAACAGGUCACCCCUGAGUCAGGAAAGAUUCUUACACUCCCCAAACUAACUCAAUUGGCUUCUAUGAUUGACUGUAAUUUUUCCUGGGACGACCUUCUCCCUUUUUACCAAUUGCAACAGCUACAACCAUAACUACAACCACGACUGUCGUCGCAAAAUGCACUGAUGUCUGCCACGGAACCUUCAACUUGCUCAUGAAGUACCAUCCCGCGAAUGUCAAUGAAUGGUCCCUUGAACAAAUUGCUAUGGUAUUAAGCUUUUAAAUUCUUGGUCUUCUUGCUCUCUGCGGAGUGGUGUGCUCCAUGUAUUGGUUUAAGCGGUGGGUUGACCACAAGUAUGUAUUCGGAUACCUUUUAGAGU